UUUCAGCCACAAAUGAUCAGAUGAGGAAGCGGGCAAUACUUAUACCGUUACUCUUCUGCUUGGUCACACCUAUUCUGCUCUAUUUUCUUGGGUCAUAUGCAUUACAUCUCUUACAAAAUUAUGAGAAAGGUGAAGAAGAAAAAGUUCGAGACUGGCAACAAAAACAUCAACCAAAGCAGGAUGAUGACUUGGAGUUACCCUCCGAUUUUGUCUACACUGAAGCACCAGUUGUGGUAAACGUAGGAAGAUCAUCGGAAGAAAACAACAAAAUUGAGGAGAUAGAAAAAUCCGAAGAAGUAGAGUGGAUAACAGCUCCGCCGAGAAAGACGCCAGUUCCUAUAACUACAACAAGAGAGCAAACUACAACUACGUUGAGAACAACUUCAGCGUCUACCACUUUAUCUACAACUCAACCUCAAACUACAACAACUACUACAAUUCCGAGCACAACUACAAUGACUGAAAGUUCCUCAACUAGCACCACUGCAUCUCCAACCACAACGCGAAUUCGAACAUGGACAUAUACCACUAGAUACCCAUCUGUCCAUGAUCCAAACCGUCAUCGAUAUGGACAAGAUAGAAUCCACCAUCAACACCACCACCAUCACCAUCAUACAACUACUACACCUUCUACAACUACUUCGACAACUACUACAACAACAGUUGCACCUACUACCACCGAACCCGCAACAAGAGUUCGUGUGACAACUGCAAGAUAUCAGCCAUCUUCCUAUUCACCAAUCAGUUCUUCAUCUUCCAACUCUAUUUAUGAUAGGAUAACUGUUUCCGCCAUACCGUCUUCUUCUAGUUACCGUAACCCAUAUAUUCAUAAAAUUGAAGUCACUUCUUCCACUUAUCGUACUCCGGAAAUUUCUCCAACCACGAGUACUCAUCGUCAGCAUCACCACCAGCAUCAUCAUCAUAAUCGAACUCACAUUGAUAUUCAUUCUCAUCCACGUCAUCAUAUGCCCUAUCCUCAGUAUCCAUAUCCUCAUUUUCCAAAUGUACUAUAUCCAACCACGGAGAAAUCCACAACCACAACCACAGAAGCUCGAACGGAAGCCACUAUUACAACCGUUGAAGAAACUACUCCGAGACGUCAUCAUCACGGCCAUCAUCAUCAUGGUACACACCACCACCAUCAUUAUAGUUCUACAGUCAGACCAACAACAACUACUACAAGAGAAUCUGAGUUGGAUCGAUGGGGUUUCGUGGAAUCUGUUGAAGAUCUUAGUUCAGAAGAAGUCAAAUCCUCCUUGCCAUCGACAACAACACCGCGAUCAACGACAACAACAGAAGAACCCAUGAAGUUUGAAGAAGUUGUUCCAGAAGUUGUUCCAGAAAAGCCAGAAGUUCCACGUCACAGACAACCGGAACCGACUCAAGUGCCUGCCAAAAGAGUAGAACGCGAAGUGACUCUUGUAACUGGUUUCCUUGAUAUCGGCCGCGGCGAUUGGGAUAUAUACAGAAGACCACUUGAAACAUAUCACAAGUUCAUGGAAACUCUUCUCACUUUGGAAAAUAACUUUGUGGUAUUUACCGAUGAGUCAAGUUAUGAUUUCGUCGUAAAAACAAGAACAAAAUUAGGCCUGAUGGAUAAGACAAAAGUUCACAAGAUCACGUUGGAUGAUUUGCCGUUGUACAGUUAUAUUAAUGAAGCAAAGAAAAUUAUCAAUGAUGAGUUGAACAAUGAAACUUUCUAUAGAACUAUUGCGGAUCUUGAUAUGAAGACUCAUCCAGAAUCCAUCAGUGCUGAAUAUAACAUUGUUGUCAACUCAAAAACUCAUUUCUUACAUAAUGUAACAAUGGAGAAUCCUUUCAAUUCGGAACAUUUUGUCUGGCUUGAUGCGGGAUAUGGUCACGCCAAUGAGAAUCACUUCCCAUAUAGUUAUAAAUGGCAACCUGCUCUUCCUGAUGGAAAGAUUUCGUUGAUCAAAGUAACACCAUAUUUUGAUGAAGUGUCCAGCUAUGAUCUCAAGAGAUUAUAUCGUAAGAAUGUAGCAUUGUUGAGUGGAGGAUUUAUUGCAGGAGAUAAACACGCAAUUGGACAACUCCAUUCAAUAAUUCACCGCAAAUUUAUCCAAUUGAUCUACCAAAAUCAUGUAGAUGAUGAUCAAACUUUACUUACACUUGCCGUUAACUCAUUUCCCCAACUUUUCCAUAUUGUUCUUGGCGAUUGGUUUGAUGCUUUUCGUCUUUUCGCAUCUGAUCCAGAGGUUCAAAUGGGUUAAAAUAAUUUCAUUUUUCUUGAUGUAUCAUUAUCUUUUUAACAUGACAUUAUUCAUCUUUUACGCAUAUUUUCACUUCCAUUCUCUCAUUUUUCUCACUCGUCCAUCAAAUGGGUUUUGUCUACUUCAUACAGAUAAUCAUUUCAUUUCAAUAGUUGAUAAAUUUAUCUUUUUUAAUAAUGUGAAUUUGAAUUGUGAAUUCCAAUAAUCUUGUGAUGUGUUCCAUUAGACGCUUUAAUAAAAAUUGUCAAAUAUUUUCGA